ACCACAACACAGCAGCAUAUCAUGGACCAGUUCAAGGUUCAAACUAUUGACCUGCAAAAAGCACAAAACCAGACCCGCCACAAGACGGACGGUCUGAGCUCCAGCACGCUGGUUCUGCGGAGAGGACAGGCCUUCACAGUGACUAUCAACUAUGAUGGACGACCAUUCGAUCCACUCAAGGAAAAAAUGAUCUUCCAAAUUGUUCUAGGUCCUCUGUCUGUGGAGGUCCCGGUCUCCAGGUUCGGACAGCCCUCUCUGACUCAAUGGAGCGCUUUUCUGGAGAGGCGUGUACCAAACCCAACUGGACCCCGAGCACUAUCUGUAUCACUGACCAGCCCUGCGUCUGCUUCUAUCGGCGUCUACACGCUCCAGCUGAGGGUCGAGGCCCGCCUGAGUGUGAAAACACACUCCCUCGGCCAGAUCACGCUCCUCUGCAACCCCUGGUGCCAAACUGAUUCGGUGUUCCUGCAGGCAGAGGAUCUGAGGAAUGAAUAUGUCAGGAGUGAUAUUGGCCUGCUGUUUAAAGGCAGCCCCCGUAACGUUGUCUCCAGACCCUGGUCGUUCGAUCAGUUUGAAAAGGGGAUACUGGACAUCUGUAUGAAAUUGCUGCAGCUGAGUCCUCAAUAUCAAGCGGACAUGAGAACAGAUCUGAAGAACCGCAGCGAUCCGGUGUACAUCGGCCGCGUGAUCUCAGCGAUGGUGAACUCUAAUGAUGAUAAAGGGGUGUUAAUGGGAAACUGGUCAGGUGACUACAGCGGUGGCAUCAACCCUUCACAGUGGUCCGGCAGCGCAGAUAUUCUCAGGAAGUGGUCAGAAACACAAUUCAGACCUGUGAAAUAUGGACAGUGCUGGGUGUUUGCUGCUGUCAUGUGUACAGUUAUGAGAGCCCUUGGCAUUCCGACUCGAGUCAUCACCAACUUCAACUCCGCUCACGACACAGACGGAAACAUGGUGAUUGAGGAAUAUUACAAUGAGAUGGGGAAAAAGCUGUCUAUGAGCAGCGAUAGCAUCUGGAACUUCCAUGUGUGGGUGGAGAGUUGGAUGAAGAGGCCUGAUCUGGGUCAAGGUUAUGACGGAUGGCAGGUUCUCGAUGCCACGCCACAAGAGAGGAGCGCAGGAAUUUUCCGCUGUGGCCCUGCUGCUGUUAAAGCCAUUUAUCAGAAGAAAGUGGACGCACAAUACGAUGUGCCAUUCGUUUACGCAGAAGUGAACGCAGAUGUGCGUACAAUAAUCAUCAAAGAUAAGAAGAUAUUAUCAACCAGCACUGAUACAAAAAGAGUUGGAGCCCUGAUAGCCACCAAACGUCCAGGAUCCACUCUUAUGCAGGAUGUCACGUCUGAAUACAAAACUGAGAAGGAUUUAGAUAAACUCGCAUCUCGUACACGAGAUCCUGGUCCCGGAAGACAACCUCUUGCAGUUGAAGAAAGCAUAAGGCCCGGAAGACAACCUUUAGCAGUUGAAGAAAGCAGAAUUGCCGGAUCUUCCUUUAUUCGAGGUAUGGAAAGCGAAGCUUCUAAGGGCAUUGCAGUUUCUCUCCAGCUUCUGAAAGCCCCUGUAGUCGGAGAAAACAUUUCUUUCAAUGUCAUAAUCACUAACAAUGCGGCUGCUCCGAAACUGCUGAAAAAACACGUGAACGCUCAGAACAAGGAGUACAACCGCAAUCCCACUGGAACCUUCUGGGAAGCUCAUGACGAUGUGAAGAUCGGCCCGAAUGAAACUCUGACUAUAAAACAUGAGAUCUCCUUCAAGGAGUACAUGCUGAAGGAGGCUGAGGAGGAUUCUCUGGUUAACCUGGCAGUGGUUAUUGAGGAUGUGGAGUCUCAGGAGAGAGUGCUGGCAUCAGAAGAGUUCAACAUCCGCAGCCCUGUCCUCACUGUACAGAUUCAAAAUGAGUUCUCGGUCAUCAUUAACACUCCACAAGUUGCCACGGUGUCCUUCACAAACCCGUUCAACGUUGCAGUGAGCGGUGAACUGACCGUAUCUGGUUCAGGACUCUUGGAGGAGAAGGCUCAAAUGACGGUUACGAUAAAGCCUCAAGAAACCAUGAAGAAGCCUGUUAAUUUCACUCCCAGGAUGGCAGGUUCCAAGAUGCUUUCAGCUAGUUUAGUGUUGACAAAUCCACCCACCGUCCUCCACGGAUUCAAGACCAUCAAUGUUCAAGCAUCUUAGAGUCAAACACCUUUAGACAUGAUUGUGAACUCCCAUGAAGUGCUACACUAGUGGUUGAGACACAAUUAGAAAUGAUUGCUUUUUACUUAUUAUUUAAAUGUCACAAUUUGUAUUUUUUAUUUUUUUGACUUGAUUAACUCUGAAUUGUGUAUUCAAUACUAUUUAGGCACAAUCCUGAAAAUAAAGUACUUCUUAACAUCUC